UCGUUUCCCUUCCCUUGCUAAUGUUUUGAGAUGGCUCUUCUGAGCUUCAACUCCAUUUGUUGCCUGUCGACUUGGCCGGAUCUUCAAAAAUGGAAUAAUAUUAUAAAGACUCAAGUGCUCGAGGGGAACGCCGGGCAGGCAAUUCGGUCGUAUGUAAAAAUGCAAAGACUUGGUCUCUUUGCUGAUAACUAUACAUUUCCGGUUUUGCUGAAAGCAGCAGGUAAUGCUUCCUAUUUGGGUAUAGGGUUAGCACUUCACGGACAGAUACUGAAAACUGGGUUUUGUGACCAUCUUUUCGUCCAAACUGCUCUGCUGAAAAUGUAUUCUUCUCUUGGAAUAGUAGCGGAUGCCCGCAAAGCGUUUGAUAAAAUGCCUGUGAAAGAUGUGGUAGCCUGGAACUCCAUGUUAUAUGUGUAUGCUUCUAGUGGGCAGAUGGGGAAUGCAGUGCAAGUCUUUGAUACAAUGCCAUCACAGGACCUUUUGUCUUUCAAUAUUAUGAUCUCUGGGUUCGCAGGGACCGGAAGCAACAUAUCUGCCGGAAGCAUUUUUGAUAGAAUUCCUGACAAGGACAUUGUGUCUUGGAACUCAAUGAUAUUGGCGUGCAUGAACGCUGGAGAUGUGGCUGAAGCGCAUGAGUUGUUCGAGUCGAUGCCUCAGAAAAAUGUCAUAACUUGGAACACAAUGAUAAUGGGUUAUCUGAACAAUCAGGUUUACUCUAAGGCAAUCGAAUUCUUGGACAAAAUGAAGAUGGGAAAUAUCGAACCAGAUCAUCUGAGUGUGACUGGUGCUUUAUCUGCCUGUGCUCAUUUGGGGUCGCUUGAAACUGGCAUAAAAAUACAUACAUAUGCCAAACUCUCCGGGCAGGCUUCCAGUCCCCAUGUAGCAACAGCACUUAUAGAUAUGUAUGCCAAGUGCGGAAGCAUACACAACUCUUUAGAGGUGUUCUACAAGUUCAAACAAAAAGAUGUCUACUGUUGGAAUGCCAUGAUUUCAGGACUUGCUCUUCACGGUUUUGGCUACGCAGCUCUGAAAAUCUUCAACCAAAUGAGAGCCGAUUGUCGAGUAAAACCAGAUGAUAUCACCUUCAUUGGGGUUUUAAGUGCUUGCAGCCAUGGAGGGUUGGUAGAACAAGGAUGUGAAUUGUUUGAUUCAAUGGAAAAGCAAUUCGGGAUUACUCCAAAGGCAGAGCAUUAUGGGUGCAUGGUCGACCUUCUGAGCAGAGCGGGUCUUUUCGACAGUGCUUUGACACUCAUAGAGACAAUGCCUUUUGAAGCAAGCGAGUCCAUCUUGGGUGCUUUGCUGAGUGCUUGUGUGAUUCAUCAGGACCUUGAAAAUGGGGAGAAAGCAAUGAAGCUGCUUGUUUCGACCAAGGCUGCUCGGAGCGAUGGGGAGUACAUGAUGUUUGCAAACUUGUACGCGUCAUGCGGUGAAUGGGAAGAAGCACAGAGAUGGAGAGAUAUGAUGAAUGAGUCCGGGAUUGAAAAGACUGCAGGUUGCAGCUUAGUUGAGAUUAAUGGAAGGUUUCACAAGUUUAUGGCUGGAGAUGAGAAUGGUAUUGUAUAUUGAUGCACUUGCUUUAGCAGUUAGUACUGUAGUAGUACAUGACAAUAGAGAAUAGACAAAGACGUACGUACUUUCAAAUUGUGUUCACACUUCCCAUGGCUCUCUCCCAAACAAACUUUGACCUUUCAUAUAUGGACACUGGUUAAUUUGAGUGCAACUGCUAGCUCCAUUCGAUAGGCUUCAGUCUUUGUUGUUGAAGUGUUGGUAGAAAUGUGGAAACAACCAUAGACUGCAGUGCACACAAGCAUGUUAGCCUGCAGUGAGUUCAGUUGUUUGUUUUAUUCAUAUACUAGAGAGAUUGAGGCAGAAAUAGAAUGGACAGAAUAUGGCAAUAAUAUUUGAUCCCUUUAUCAGGCGGCGGAACAAGGAAUCACGUAACUAUCUGUUAGGACCAGACAAAUAUCUAUUUAUGUAUUCAGUGGGUUAGGGAAAGCUCGAUCAAUCAGCCCACAGAUUUGACACCAUAUCCUUAUUUGUCAUUUUCUUUUCCCGGGCCAAAUAUUAUGAAUUUGUUUAAUGGAGUAGA